AUGGCUCAGCUCUUUAAUGUCUCUACUUUGAUAAUGCAGUGCACACGCUUUCGUCAAAAUCACUCAAUGAAUCUAAGCCCACAAAAUCAAGUAAACAUUCUGACACUAGCCAAUAAAAAAUAUAAAAAUGAAGUCUCCUCUGAUAACUCAUUUGUGUAUAUUCAGAACUAUAAACCUGAAGUAAAAUUCAGUUACCUACCCAGGUAU